GGAAGGAAGGGAGCGCCAUGCAGGGACAGCGACAAGGGAGGUUUCUUUCAUAGAUUGUGGCACAUAAUCCAUCAGGGCAGACCAUUUGAUGCAAGCUCAGAGACAAAGGAGCACCAAACCUGACUCGCGUGGAGCUCAGAGCUGAAAUAAGAAGCUUUAGAGACUCGUGGUCAGCUCAACGUCACCGCGUUUUAGCGUUUUCUCAUACGCGCAAAGCUACAACAGAAAAACUUACGAGGGGCAUUUCUGAACUAUAUCUAUUUUUUGAAUGACUUUUAGCUGCAUUUGCACUCCCGAUCAGAUAUCUGGAUCGGUGCUGUUUCUUAAGUCUUUGACAGUUUCUUACCAAAUAUAGCCACUGUUAAUGCUGGAGUGUCCUUGACGGAGCUGAGCGGUCCUAAAUUGGGUAUUUGCAGCACUUCCAAAGUUUAUAAUUAAAUCCUGGAAACAUUUUGGAGUCCUAACGGUGUGUAUAUUUUUUUUUACAACAUAUUUUGUCUAAUUAGCCAAUUGGAUGAUUCGUUGUUGUGCUUUUUAUAAGGUGACGCAUAUUUCCUGCCUAUUGUGAACUGCAGCGUGUUGGUUUAAAACUCGCUCUGUAGCCGAUGCUCCCAAAAAGGAGCCAUUUUUAAGUCUUUGAACUACAGUCACAAGAGCUGCUUAACCGGCUCUGGGCUAAAGCUUUUGAACCCGGGCACACACAUUUUGGCACCUUUUUUGUUUCUUUUGUUCUCAAAUCCCUCACGAUGACUUUUGGUGCGUCUGGCUCUGGGCGCGGUGGAUGUUCCUCGGCUCGGUUGUUCCUCCUCUCCACCACCUAUGUGUUGGUGCUGGCGCUGGCAGGAGCCGGAGCCGAACAGGGCCAGCCGGGCGGGGGGAGCCCUCCGCCGGUCACCCUCGGCACUCUGAUCUCGGGAAGCUGCCUGGAGGUCCAGCGGUACGCGGAGUCAGUGGUGGGGAGCGGCGUGAUCCGGUCAGCUGCCGAGAGUGCAGUGGUGUUUCUUGAGUCAUUGCUUGGCCAGGAACACAUCUAUACAGGGGCCAUGUUUUUGCAAAUGGUGAUCCGUUUCCUCGCUGAAGGAGCUGCCAGCGGCCUGAACGUCAUCGCUGUUUACGUCGCAGAGAUCCUCCGGGUCACAGGAUUUGAUGUUGCUCUUACUUUGCCCCGCUUCACUCCGGAGGGCGUGGCGGCCAUCGCCCAGUGGGGUCUGGUGGCCCUCAUUGGCUACUGGGUGCUGACCAUCGUUCUCCGUGUGCUCAUUUGCUUGGUGAAGCGGGUGUUCUGGGUAGUGAAAACCGUCUUGGCGCUCUGGCUUUUCGGACUAAUCGUGACGGAGAAGAACGCCACUGCAGACACUACAGCGGUCCGAGUGGGGGGCCUGGUGCUGGGAUGUGUGCUGUUGACUCUGCUCACUUCCUGCUCUGAAAAGACUUGUACAGUGGAGCAGAGGCUGAGCACCCUCGAGAGCCGGGUGAAGAGUGUUGAGAAGAAGAAAGGGGAAUAGAGAUGGACAAAAGUGGUGGGAAUGUCUUUUAAGAAAACAAUAUCAUUGAUGUUUUCUAUAUGUUUGUUAAACUUUUAUGGGAAAUAAAGUAAUCUGUGGGAUUUUUAAACGAGAAA